UCUUUUUUUUUUUUUUUUUCUUUUUCCCGAAUUUCUAUGUCACGCGGCCGGUAGUGGCAAUGAGUAGCGUUGGUGGAGCGAACGACUUGCCGGGGCUGCGGGGAAAACCUGUCCGGCGCAAUGCGAACGACGCUGACAAGAGGAGGGGAGAUGAUAUAUACGAAAGAGGGGGGGAGGGACUAACAGGAGGGUCCAACACGAGCUGCUUCUUCUCGCAUGUCUUGUCAGGUAUCGUCCCGGGUGAGCCCAAACCAGCGACAGCUCACUGCCCUGGUGGUCUAACUUCCGAGGCUAGAACCCAAAUUUGGAACCCGACAAACUUGCCCUCUGCCUCCAAACAGUCUAUACCCGUUGGGUACAUACAUACCAAAGCAUCGGCAAAGACAAUGGCGACCAUUAUGCACAUCGGCAUACCUAUGUACUUUGACUGGUUUCGGCCCAUUUCCAGAAAACUCGGAGAUUGCUUUGCAGGAACUAUAGUGGGUGGUCGCUUCUUCUGUUGUAUGGGUGAGCUGCAGCAUAGUAUCUUACCUAUUUGGGACGGUGUUUUGCAUGCGUAUAACGCUCCUGCCCGUCCCUUGGGUGGGUAUCUACCGUGCAGCAAAUCGGCUCUUCUGCCGAAUCCUAUUCCCGUAGCGGAAAAAGAUAUACCUGCCCAUCAAAUCAUGUCAGUGGGAAUGGUCACCUACUAUACCCCCCUAAAGCGUGCCGUUGUGACUGCAGCAGUGCAAGAACAACACGUCCACCAGCGAAAAGAGGAAUGAAUGGGAUUGAAAAGGAUACAAAUCAUGCACUUACGGAAACGGCGCCAUGACAAGUGUCAGAAAAGCAAGUAGCGAGGUUGCCCAGUGAUAACCCAGGUUGUUGUAC